AUGUCUCAAAGGAAACGAUACUCAUUGAACGUUGUAACGUCCCCGUCAAUACCGUCACCGACACCCAGUACGCCUCUAUGGACUAAUGAAUGCAAUUGGGAAACUACUUCAACAACAAAUGUUGGAUCUUCAUUCCUCCCGAAUAACCAUCAUGGUGGCACAGUUCUGAAUCCUGGGUUGGGCAUAAUGAGAUCUCCUUCGCUGAACAAGUCAGGUGCGUUUGGGCGGUCUAGCAGCAGUGGCUCCAGUACAGUUAUAGAACCGUCCAACAUAAAGCUGCUGUUGAUUGGAGAUGCUAACGUAGGAAAGACGGCUAUGAUCUUAAGCUACUGUCAUGAGUUAAUGACACGAGCGGAAAUGUCACGGUCUGUGCGACUGAGGCACCAGCAGCAACAACAGCAUAGAGACUUGGGAUUAAAGAAAACCGUAGUGAAUCAUAGAUUAAGCAUGAAAGAGAAAAGGAAACGGUAUAGCUCUAAUGAUUUUGAGAAGGAGUUUAAAGAUAUUAGUCAUUUUACAGAUAAGGCGAGCGAGUUUGGGAACCCGAACUUGGAUAACAGUCACGAAAUGGCGGAUCCCAACGAAAUUGUCAUCGAAACAAGAAGCACUAUCGGGAUAGACAUCAAGACUAAUUUGGUCAACAUAGAUAAUCGGUUUUUCAAUGUCAUACUUUGGGAUACGGCGGGCCAAGAACGGUAUCAGAACGCCAUCAUUCCAUCUUUAUAUAAAAAGACAAAUGCGGUGAUAUUGACGUACGAUAUAACAAAUGCUAAGUCCUUUCGGAAUUGCAUGGAACAGUGGAUCGUGCAGGCCAUGGAGAAUUUUUCCUCCCAGGAUUUGGCCAAGGCAAGAUUCUUUUUGGUGGGCAACAAGAUCGACCUUUAUAAGGAAAGGCAAGUAAGCCAUUAUGACGUGGUGCAUAUGGUUCAAGAGAUACAGCAGAAACAUGGUGUGCAAAUUUCGGGAAACUUUGAAGUAAGUUGUAAAUGGGUUAACGUUGUCGAAAGGACAAUGAAUAUGAUAAUACUAGACCUAGUUGAAAACGGGUGUUUCGAAAAUAACGAUCUGUGCUUACCGAUCGCUUCCGAUGAGUUGCAAGCACAUGACCAAGAAUAUCAUGACACGGUAGAAGAACCCUUCAAUGUUACUCGGCAACGUCAGCAGCAACUUGAAAAAAACAGUACGGUGGACAUUACGAAACCCAAUGACGACAGCACAAAUAAUCAAUCCAUUUGUUGCGUUUAG